AUGUCUCUGUACUCAAUCACUCUCUGGGAUUCAUUGAAAUUCGAGGUACUAAGUGCCCAAGAGCCGGAAUUGGCCGAGGAGACAUUGCUAGUUCUCCGAGCCAUUGCCGCAUGCCUCGCCACAAGCACUCAAACCUCUUCAACAGCCUCACCUUUAGCACAGUAUCUUCGUCCUAUCACCAAAGAAUGUAUCGAGCAUUUGCAGGAACCAGCACAGAGACAAGCCAAGGCUUCUGGUGACAUCCUUAAGUCUGUAUCAUCUGCUAGCCCGGAGUCCUUCAAUCUCGUAACAAAGGCUGUCGCCGCGCCGAUAACAACGAUAUAUCAGUCCAGCUCAGAGGUUGCAAAGCAUCGUGCACUACUUCAGGUAUUCGGCCAAUUGUUCGAUUCCGCGAUUGAGGUGUUCGGCACCUGGUCUUCGAAACGUGCUCUUGCAAACUCAGAGAAUCCUCUGGAGGCAUUUUCCGAGAGCCUUCUGGAGAUCUACAGCCAAGCUCUGAUGAGUACUGUGAAAGAAGAAGUGUCAUUCCGUGUUGCAGCAGCUCAGGGCUUGCAAAAACUUGCUUUGAUUUCUGACUUACUACAAGACAACGAGAUUGGCAUGGUUAUCCAACACAUGAAUGAAGUGAUUCUCCGGGAAGAAUCGUACAGUCGCGAUGAUCUCAAAAAGACUGCUAUGCAAAGCCUAGCAGAGAUCUCAAAACACAAAUCUCGACUAAUCAUGGACAUCACUUUUCCAGCUUUCAUGGCGCAAUUACCUGACACGGAUUCGGAAGCAGAAGCUAGGGGUGAUUACCACACCACUUUGGAAGGGCUUGCCGAGGUCAGCGUCGAAAAGGACGUUUUUGACACCCUGGUCAGGAGGCUCCUGAACAAGCUCGACGUCCUAUUGAACACCCACAAUGUCGAUUCACCGAAGUAUACUGGUGCGCUAUUGUCAACGCUGCUAUUUAUCAUGGAGAGGAGAGGUCUCCAAAAUGAUCCUAACCUCGAAGGUUAUUAUGAUCGUGUUGUGGUUGGUUUGGUUUCAAGAGCUACGACGGCAGCUGCCGCGUCAAACAACCUGACGGCUCUGAAUAAUGUCACUGUGCUGGAAGUACUAGGCAGGGUCAGCAACCUUAUUGUCAGGAACGCAUCACUUGAUAAAAAGGUCACUGCCAGUGCAAAUGUGUAUGAUUUGUUCUCGUUGCAAUCAGGUCUAGAACGACUAUCUAGCGCUCCGAACGGCAGCACACUCCAGAGCAUCUGGAUUCUUUCUACAUGGCUGUUGGCAGCCAUACCACGAGAUCUCCAAGCGCCCCUCUUAGAAGCAGCAAAAAUAUCUGUCACUUUGUCUUCCCUGCUUGCACUCAUAGAUACGGAUAUCGAGCCGGUGGCGUUCCUUGCGAUAUCACGCCAGCUUGCCCUCUACAUCAACAAACAUCUUCCUUCUUCGGCAUUGGACAUUGCGACAAGCUGGCUAACCACUUUCUACAAUAAAGUGCGAUUGGCUCGUGGCGGACAGCUCGAUCAUGGACAGGCUGAUUCAGAGCAAAGCAUUUCAAGGAUUGUGCGAACAAUCUUUAUGCUCUCGAAGGCCUUGAUAUUACGACUGUCGCCCGAUACCAAUGCGAUUCUUAGAGAUUUGUUGUCACUUUUAGAUUCAUCUAAACACCCUUUACCUGUCAAUAAAUUCGCUGCUUCAAGCUUCGGCGGGCUUCUGGCUCCAGACGCUGUGCUGUCGAAGACCAACGGAGCGCAAAUACGUCUCUUGGCUCCGCAGAAGGUGUUCCAAACACUGGCCCCCUUGAUCUCAGCUGGAUUCAAAUCGUCCUCGCAAGGUGACGAGAAAGAGAAUUAUCUGACUGCAUUGAGCGGCGUCAUUGCCUCGAUACCUUCAGAUAUUGUAGUCCCAGAACUGCCAACACUGCUUCCGUUGUUGCUUCAGUCUCUCGAUCUAUCUGACCAAAGAGUGAAGAUUGCAACACUCGAAACGCUAGCGGUUGUGACUGCAAGAAGCCCCUCGGCCCUAGAGGAAAGUGGACACAUCCCAUCGCUGGUGAGGCGUCUUGUGAAGACGGCUUCAAUCCCAAAGUCAGGAUCUUACAAGGAAUCUGAACCAGAUACACCAAAGGCGCGACAAUUGGCGGUGCGUUGUUUGUUUCUAAUGCCUGGUCGUAUCAAGGGAUCCGGCUCGCGGACCAACCCGCUGCUUCCCCUUAAGAGAGAGGUUCUGCAAGGCUUGAUGAAAGUGCUCGAUGACCCGAAACGGGAUGUUCGAAAGGAAGCAGUGGACGCAAGAGGUGCUUGGUUGAGAGGUGUUGAUGACGUGGAGGAUGAGAGUGAUUGA